AUGGGUGAAUGCAGACAUAUUUUGAAGGUUCUCAAAGAAUCGGGUAGGUCCAGGUUUAUAAAAGAGCUCACACCAGAUGCACUAGUUCCCACUAUUGAGAAGGCUAUAAAAAUUGCAAAUGAAGAAGAACAAAACCAAAACGAUGAUUCUGAAUCCGACCAACGUCUCAGAGACAAAGCAUUCCACACUCCACGUACUGUUUCUCGUGGUUGCCAUUUUGCAUAUACUAUACCAGAAAAGCGGCCUCACUAUAAUACUUUGUUAAAAUCUCCAUCGGCGCAUGCUGCCUUGGACCUUCACAUGGAUGAUAGUUUGGAAAAGCUACUCUCAGGUGAAAACUUCUACUACUCAGCUUCCAGAGGAAUUUUUCCUUAUAGCACGGUUUAUGCAGGAUUUCAGUUUGGAGAAUUUGCAGGGCAAUUGGGGGAUGGAAGAGUAGUUAAUCUUUUCGACGUAAUAGAUUCCACAGCAACCUUGCAGACGCUAGAGUUGAAGGGUAGUGGGUUGACUCCUUUCUCCAGGUUUGCAGAUGGUAAAGCCGUUUUGAGAUCCUCAAUACGCGAAUUUAUCAUCAGUGAAGCCCUUUACAAUAUCGGCAUUCCGUCUACUAGAGCCUUACAAAUAACACUACUUCCCGGAACAAGGGCUCAAAGAGGUAUGAUUUCCGAACCAACUGCUGUGGUCUGUAGGGUGGCACCUUCUUGGUUGAGGCUGGGGAGUUUUGAUCUAUUCAGAUGGAAACCUGAUUUAAAAGGACUACUCAAAUUAACUGAUUAUACCAUCAAUGAAGUUUUUUCUCAUGGGAAGGAGUUUCCCAAAAAUCUCAGUAUAAAUAUAUUCAAAAAAGAUUUCUUCCCAUACGAAGAUGAGGCACCAAGACCAAUAAAUACAAUCGAAGGAGUUACGCAGUAUGAUUUACUUUUUAGACACGUUGCGAGGAAAAACGCUAAUUGUGUGGCAUAUUGGCAAGCCUAUGGAUUCCUAAAUGGUGUUUUGAAUACUGAUAACGUUUCAAUAAUGGGAUUAUCAAUGGAUUUUGGUCCUUUCAACUUUCUAGACAAGUAUCAGCCAAAUUAUACGCCUAACCAUGACGACAUACUGGGGAGAUAUUCUUAUGAAAAUCAACCUGCGGUGAUAUGGUGGAACAUCAUUCAGUUUGCACAAUCUCUUUCGAUUCUCAUAGGCGCCGGUAAGAAGCAUAUUGGACUCGUGAAAUCGUUACAAGACACUAUGGGUCCAUUGGACAAACGUGUAGAAAAUGAAAUUGUAAUCAGGGCAAAUGAUCUAACCAGGGCCGUAAAUAAUGAAUAUAAGUUCAUUCACUUGACCAAAUAUGCCGUACUCAUGAGUAAAAGGCUUGGAAUUGAAUUGAACAUACCGGAAACAUUUACUAAUAAAGAAGAAAUAGAAAAAUCUGUGCAGAUUGUGGAAAAAUUCCGCAAUGAUGUCCUGGAACCCUUGUUCACUAUUCUCAAAAGGACUCAGAUAGAUUACAACAACUUUUUCGUCAAUUUGCAAAAUUUUAAGGGAGGUUUUAUUGAUAUUAGUGAAGAUGGAAUCAAUGGGCUCAAUACGAAAUUUGCAUCUAUAUUUUUUAGCAUCGAACAGUUGAAGAAGUUGAGAAACUUUUAUGCCGGAAAUAGGAGACCUCUCACCACUGACGCCGGUGAAACUCGUCUUAUAACUGAAACCUACGAUGAACUGAUAAAAUGGGCAAAUCAAUGUUCGAACUAUAUUGUGGAUGACGAUACACGAAUUUCUAUUGCCAAGAAGCAUAAUCCAUUAUUCAUCCCUAGAAGCUGGAUCCUCCAAGAAGUGAUCGAUGAUUUCAUGCACAAUCAAAAAGCUAAACUUAUGAAUGCAGAUGAAGAAGUUGACACUACGUUAUUGCAAAAGUUAUACCUUAUGAGCUCCAAUCCUUUCAAUCCAGACAGAUGGGACUCUUCGCUGAAGCCGGAGGUGGAAAAGAGAUGGGCAAACUUAAAUGACAUCGAUGAUCCAAGCAAGUUCAUGCAAAAGAACAGCUGUUCUAGUUGA